UUUCUUAUCUGGGAUCUCUCUCACUUCUCUCUCUUCCAAAAAACCUCUUUCUCUCUCUAAAACCCCAAACAAAAUUAAAAACUACAAAAAAGAAAUAAAAUAAACCACCAAUUUUGUUUUCUUUUCUUCCUAUUUCUUUCUCCUCUCUUUGUGUGUAUUAGUGCAAGAGAGAGGGGGUAGUGGCUGGCACAUUAGAUCGAAAUCUUCUUCUAACGGAUUACGAUCUAAGCUACUUCUUCAAUGGUGUUGAAGCCGCAACCCCACUUUCUUAUUUUUGUCUCAUGAUUCUUUUAUCAUUAUUAUUAUUUUCUUUUAGUUUUAGUUACCCUUUUGGCUUCAACUACUGCUGAUUCUAAAGGGGUCCUGAAUUUCUUUUUUGGGUUCUUUGAUGGUGUUGGUGCCUUAAUAGUAGAAAAAUUCCUUGUGGGGUUUCUUAAGAGGAGGUGAUUAGAGGAUGUGGGUUUGAGGAAUGGGAACCAAAGUCCAGAAAUUUUCAGGGUAUUACUCAAUGAGAGAUCUUAAUGAGGAAUCUAGUAGUUGUGGUUGGCCCCUUUUAUAUGGAGAGAAUAAAGCACUGACAAAUGGGCAGUAUUAUAAUAAUUACCUGCCAAGUUCUACUACUGCAGAUGCGUGUUCAGUGUAUGAUAAGGAUUUUGUGAAGCAGAUGAUGCUUGAGCAUGAGGCCACAUUUAAGAGUCAGGUAUAUGAACUUCACCGUUUAUACAGAAUACAAAGGGAUUUGAUGAAUGAAGCUAAAAGGAAAGAAUUACACAAAAACCAUAUACCUGUUGAAGCAUCGUAUUCCACAUGUCCCUUGGCUUCUCAAAUUACAACUGAAGAUGGCCAAAAAUCACAUAUCUCUGAUUUUCUUGUAGGAAGCUCCACUUGUGCUAAAACAUCUGCUUCGGCUAUUGAAGGCAUUCAUACUCCUUUGGGGUCUAUUAAAGGAAUCGGCAAAGAAAGCAAACCAUUUCCAUCCCCAAAUGGGUCUAGUUCAAAAGAUGUCGAGUUGCUUGAGUCUAGACCCUCAAAAGUGAGGAGGCGAAUGUUUGACCUUCAGCUCCCUGCUAAUGAGUACAUUGAUACCGACGAAAGUGAAAAGCUUAAUGAUGAAAAGUUUAGUGGACCAGCUAUGUUUUUUCCUGAUAGAAAUGGUAAUACUGGAAAGGAGGGUGUUAAGAAGCUUUUUUGUGGCAAUGGUGGGAAGACUGUUACCCUGGGGGAAACUUCCAACUCGGAGCAAUGUUCGGGAAGAAAUGGUUUGGCUGACUUAAAUGAACCUGUUCAAGUGGAAGAAACAAAUGAUUCUCCAUAUGUUGAGCUCCGUAACCAUGAUCCUUGUCAAGUGGCAACUGAAUGCUCUGAGCAUUCUGCCACCAAGAAAAAGACAGAGUUUUUUGGUUCAUCCAGGGAUCAUUUCCUCAAUUCACAUCAAGGAACUGAUAGUUGGGUCCAAAGUAAUGGAUAUUUGGAGAACAAUGGGAAUGGAAAAAGUUGGAUUCCAUCAGUGGCUGAUACAGGGCGUGUUAAAAGCAAUCUACAAUCCAUCCCUCAAGUCUUGAAACUAGAGAAAUCACAUUUAUCUUCCCAAACAAUGCAAGAUGGACAUAGCAAAGCUCAUGAAUCCACAUCUGAUUAUCUGAUUGGUCAAAGCAAGGCUGAUUUGUGGAGGGAAAGGAAUGUUAAUGCUUUAGAUAUCGAUGAAAGAAAUCAUGAACACACUGUUAACAGGCAUCCCAGUCUCUUUGCAGUUUCACCUUCAUCUGAUUUAUCUAAAUCCUGGUCUAAUCUGGCUUCUUCUUGGGAAAUGGCAAAUGGAAACCUAAACCAAAAGUUGAUAUCAGUUCAGAAACCUCCAUUUUUAAAGGCAUUGGAUGCCUUGAGUAGGAGUUCUCAGUCGCAUCAAAGCAAUGGAGUUUUGGAAGCUAGUUGGCCUCAGAACAUCAAUUCAAAGCCUGACCCGGGUUUUCAUUGUGAUGUACCUGUACAGAAUGGGUUUUACCCUGGGUUGUCAUCGUAUUGUUCCAAGGAACCAUCAACAAACAUCUCUUCAAUUAGCUAUGACCGCCUCAAUCACGAUAAUGAUUGUAAGAUAAUUCCUCAACAUUUCAUCAACAAUCUUUCAUCAAAAUCCUGUAAGGGUUCAAAUUCAAAUUGCAACGAUGUGAAGGCUGGAAAAGGUAUUGACUUGAAUGUGUUGCUUUCAAAUGGUUCAUCCAUGGAUGGAGAGAAAGAGCACGAGGAUCAUGUUGUAUUGCCUUGGCUAAGAGCAAAGACAAUGUGUAAGAAUGAGGUAGAAAAUGCUGAUAGGUGCAUAACUAUAGGAGAGUCAAGCUUCUCACAUGUUGCAUCAAAGUCCAACAAAGGGAAAACUGGACAGGGGGCUAGCGGAACAUUUUUGCAUAUUGUUCCUUCCGUUUCAGGUUCUAAUGAAAUUGAGCAAAGCAGGAUGAAGUUGAGUGAAUUCUCUGGUAACAAGAAAAUUCUUGGUGUCCCCAUAUUUGAUAUUCCUCAUGUUUCUCCUAAGAAGGAGGUCUCUUCAAAUACACCUCCAUCCAUGCCAAUCCGUAAUCCAUGCGAUCUAGAACCGGCAGAAAAUAGUAGGAAAACCCGGAUAUUUGAUAUUAAUUUGCCUUGCGAUGAUGCUGCUGCUCUUGAAUUGGAUGAAGUAGUGAAUGAAACUAUUGUUACUAAGGAAAGAUCUUCAACAUCAAAGCCCAACUCUAGGAUUCAAAUCGACCUGAACUUGAGUAUGAGUGAUGAUGAAGCUUCUUUGAUGUCUAUUCCAAGUGCCAAUGAAAAAGUGCAUACAGAGAUAGAUCUGGAAGUCCGUGCUGUUCCCGAGACUGAGGAGGAUACCAUAACUGAAGAAAAGCAGCUUGAAACUUCUCUAUCAUCAGGAGAAGGUCCUGAAGAGAAAGUUGAACAGCCACAACAGCCACAGGAUGAACUUGUGAGAAAUGCCGCAGAGGCAAUUGUUGCUUUAUCAUUGGUUCCUUGUGAUCAAGUUGAUGGUGUGAUGUGUAGCUUGUUGGAAAGUCCAAUGCAGGACCCGCUAAGUUGGUUUGCAGAUUUAAUUUCUUCUUCUAAGGACAAUCUUGAGAGUACAUGCGAUGAUUCGAGGGGAAAAGAUGGUGAGGACAAUGAGGGAUGUUCGACUAUUGUUCUGGAGGAAUUGGACUACUUCGAGUCCAUGACAUUGAAACUGACAGAGACCAAGGAAGAGGACUACAUGCCGAAACCUAUUGUUCCGGAGGACUUCAAAAUUGAAGAAACAACACAAUUGUUGCCUACUCGGGCAAGAAAGGGACCUGCAAGGAGAGGGAGGCAGCGGAGGGACUUCCAACGGGACAUCCUUCCAGGCCUUGCGUCUUUAUCGAGACAUGAAGUAACAGAAGACCUUCAGAUAUUUGGAGGGCUUAUGAGAGCUACAGGCCAUUCAUGGCAUUCAGGGUUAACUAGGAGAAAUUCUUCUAGGAAUGGCUGUGGCCGGGGAAGGAGAAAGGCGCAAGUUAACCCGUCUCCCCCUCCGCCGCCAGUAGCCAAUGAAACUUGCACUCCACUGAUCCAGCAACUUAAUAAUAUCGAAGUGGGGCUGGAGGAUAGAAGCCUAACAGGCUGGGGCAAGACAACCAGAAGGCCACGGAGGCAAAGGUGCCCAGCAGGUAAUCCUCCGUCGAUCCCAUUAACCUAGUCACUGUUAGAGGCUUAAAAAACUUUUAGAUGAGAAAAUUUAUUUAGGGGUAUGAACUAGCAGGAUCAGUUCCAAAUUGACAGGGGAACACACAUGAUGAUUGUUCCUUAGCCAUGGGGAUUUCUUGUACAUUUUCUUCAAUCCCGGAUUCGGGUAAAUAUGCUUGAU